AUGUCAUCCUUGAAGACCUCGUCCGUCUGUACGUCUUCACCUCCCUCACACCCACUCAGAACCAUCUCGGUGGAGGUGCGCUUCAGGCCUGCCAGGAGCGACACGCCCGGCGUUCCCACCGUACCUCAGGGAUUUCCCGACCGCGUGUACGUGCUCGCGGCCGACAUCUUCCAGGAGGCCCAGGAGGAGAAAACGUCCGAUCGCAGCCACGCCCGUCACUCCCACAUCGACUCUGGGAAGGUAUCCGGGACUGAUUUGGGUCAGAGGCAGAUCGAGCUCUUGGCCUACGAGCUGACAUUCAACACCCUGAAGUUCCAGGAGCUGCUGGAGGAGAUGCUGACUGACAGCUGCUUCCACAGCUCUCAACAAACGCCUGAUGACCUGAUGCCCCUUGUGCUGGUCAUGCUGUAUGACCUCCAGGACAGGAAGUUCCAGCCCAGAGAGGCAGGAACAGAAGGAGGCGUCUGUGUAGGUGAUGUGAGGGAGGUAGAGGAGAGUCUUCACAGGUUCAGGACUAAGCUUGCAGCCUCUCUGGCUCGAUACAGAAUAAAACAGGACCUGGUGUGUGUUGAGGACGUCCUGCCACCGAGUGUGAAGGAAAAGCACCAGAGGAAACCAAAACUACCCGUCUGUGCCUGGGUCAACACCCUCAAGACCAGUGUAGAGGAAGCCUGUAUGAAGCUGAAGGUCGAGGGAUUCGUCCAGGUGGAUUCACUCGUUCAUCUGGACGGUCGUGUGUUCUGUAAGGACUCACACUGUCCUGAUGUUCUCCUGUUCCCUCACCACGCCCGAAAACAUCUGGAGAGGACCGCAGUGUUCAUGGAUCACACACUGAUAAUACAGGAGAAGUCCAGAUGUUUAGCCGCGUGUGCUUUACGACCCUUCCUGGCUCCAAACACUGACGUUUUAAUCGUGGGGUUCUUCUCGGCUCACACCGUGGCUCACGUGGCUGUCCAGGCUUCUGUCCAUUCCUCCAGCGUCCACGUCUGCGGCCUCUCUGAUGACCACUGGGAGGAGCUACAGUCCACGCUCUCCUGCAUCGGCUGCAAAAAUGUGCACCGGCUGUCCGAGGAGUUCAGUGAUUUGACCGAAAGUGACCAGCGCAUCCAGAAGGUCCAGGUCAUUCUUCUGCUGCCCCGCUGUACGACCACAGGUCUCAGUGACCCCACCACUCAUAUAGUCGAUGAGGACGGAGACCGAGACCUGCUGGUCAGUUUAUCUCAGGGAACGACGUCACACACCAAACUGAAAUCGCUGGUCAGACAACAGAGGCGAGACCUCGGCCGGGCACUGACCUUUCCCAGGGUGAAGACUGUGGUGUACUGCACAUGCUCCGUGUAUCCAGAGGAGAACGAGCAGCUGAUCAGGAAGGUGCUGAGGAACGCUGCAGUGAAUCCAAAAGCACGGCCGUUCAGGAUCGUUCCUACAGGAUGGAGCGACGAGACAGAGAAGUUCUUCAGACUGCAGGAAUCCAAGACCACCGACGGCUGCUUCCUGUGUGUGUUAAAGCGCGAGGAAUCAGCAGAUACGGUACAGGACAUACUGGUACGUGCAGCAGCUAAAGGUCUCCUGGCUGGACUCACCGUUCCUGAAAAACCAAAGCAGGUCAAAAGUAAAGAGACCAGGAGAAAAAAAACAAGAGCAGCCCCGCCCGUCCUUCGUCCCCUCACAACUCCUGGCCCUGCAUCACCCCCGAACCCACAUAGUGCCCCCGACAGUCCCUCUGAACCUCUCUCUCCUGACACUGAUGACCCCAGGUACACCCUGGACUCCAGAGACCCAGACCAGCCUUCAGCUCAUCCUAACCACGAUCGUCCACCUCAGGACGAUGGUCCACACAAAGGGGCGUCCGAAGCUACGAAUCGUCCAGCGAAGGGUGAACCCAAAGCUCGGAAACGCAGCCGGCGGGUGAAGGUCAAGCGCAAGGGAGCAACUCUGAGGUCAAACACCCACGGGUCAAAAUCAUCAGCCAAUAAAGUGUCCAGCAGUAAAGCUGUAUGAGAACGAGCGCUCACGUCAAGAUGACGUACGAUCAAAGCAACUGAGGGUCAGGGGCCUUUGCUCAAGGGCCCAAUUGUGUUAUUGCUACGACUUAAACCUUCAAAUUAUAAUUCACAUAAAGAUAAAUGUGGGCAGUGGUUGUGCCUAGUGAUCAGAAGGUUGCUGGUUCAAGCCCCAUCGCUGCCACGUUGCCACUGUUGGACCCCUGAGCAAGGCCCUCAACCCUCACUUGCUCAAUUCAAUGUUAAAUAUGUACAAUAUAUCCAAAAGUAUUUGGAAACCUGACCACGAGCUUGCUGGACAUCCCAUUUCAAAUCAAAUGCUGUUAAAACAGAGUGACCUCUAUGUGACGCUUCAGCCAUAAAAACAGCCCCUUAUCUGAGAGGUCUUCUCACAAGACUUUGGAGCAUGUCUGUGGGAAUUUGUGCCCAUUCAGUCAAUCAAAGAGACUGAUGUUUCAGUUCAUUCUGUACCUGUACAGUAAGGCUGAGGUCAGGACUCUGUGCAGGACACCUUAAACCUUUCGUCAUGUCUUUAUAGAGCUACAGUCAUGCUGGGACAGGAAAGGACCUUCCCUAAACUGUAUAUUUAUAUAAUUGAUUUAUUACAGCUGUUAGCGAUUGUUGUGGCUGAAACACAUAAAUUCAGUCAUUAGAAGCUGAAGGUUUUGGAUAUUUGGGUCCACACUAAAUAAAUGUAGAUUUGUAUUGUGUGUGUGUGUGUUUCAUGAUUGUGUUUGAUAUUAAAACUUAAACUGAUGAAUCAUGGGUAAUCUGUAACUACCUGUCCUGUCAUGAAUGUAAAACAUAAUGUUACAAUCCUAAUAAACAAAUAAACUUUG